CGAGGAAUACCGUGUAUAUAAAGGGGACUCAUCUACAGGUGUUCAGGCAGUCAGUAUACAGUGGAGUCUCGUUAUUUACCUAAGAGUACAUAGGAAACAUGAAGAUCUACGUAGCCGUCGUUGUGAUCGUGUUGGUGAACGUCGCUGGCGUGGGUGCCGUAGGUGAUGGAAAGUUGGUUCAAGAGGACAAGGACUACUUGGUGAAAGGACACAAUGAUGAAAGGAAAAACCAAGGGGCCUCUAACAUGUACAAACUUAAGUGGGAUGACGGUCUGGCAGACACUGCCCAAAAGCACGCUGACAAGUGUCUUUGGGAGCAUACACCUGAUGGCGAGAGACAAUGGGGUGAAAACAUGGCUCAGCUCAGGUUUCCAGAGGCUAAGUAUCUUGAUUUAUACAGCCAUUCGAAGAUGAUAGACAUCCUGGUGACUGAAGGUAUGACUGGAUUCACGUCUUGGAAUGGAGAAGAGGUCAUUGACGUCAAACGUGACUUUUCAUGCGCUAAAAAAGGAUGGACUGGGGAGACAUGUGGUCACUACACACAGGUGGCGUGGCACUCCUCCACAAAGAUUGGCUGCGGGGCCAAAAACUGCUUAGACUUCACUCAGAACAAGGACCCCGAGGAAAUUCAACACAACGUAUGGAUACUAGUCUGCGCCUACUUGAAGCCCGGUAAUCUGGAAGGAGAGGAUGCCUUUAAGAAGGGAAAAGCAUGUUCCGCCUGUGAAGGAAGUGACAAAUGUGAAGAUGGCCUUUGUGUUGCCUCAUAAAGAGAAUAUGACAUGGACGAACUCAAGUGCGCAAGGCAUCCGACUUCUUGAUUUGUGUUCUAAGCUACCUGAGUCGUGAUCACAAAAGUAGUUCCAAAAUGCUGAAUUACAAUUAACAGAGCUCAUGAAAUAAACAAGUAGUCCAAAACCUGA